CCAGCCUCUGGUUUAAAAGCAUCAGCAUCGUCUUCUCCUGCCUUCCCUGCUCUCUCUGUAAUCAGAGUUAGACCCGUUUUCCUUAGUGAAACCCGGAGACACAGGAGCUUACCUUAUCCACAUUUCGGUGCAAACAGGUGUCUAUGUUUUAGCUUCAGAGAUGCCAAAUUUUCACUUGUAAGUUCCACUCUUUCCCUUUCUGUAAAUUCUGCUUUACUCUGAUGUAGUUAACUUAUAUCUGCGGAAAUGGGCGUCCUUCGAAAUUUGAUCUUCAUUAACAAGCCUUCUCAUUUUAUCAAUGCUCUUCUUUGCUUCUUAUAGUUGUUUUUUCGAUCUUUCCCCUCCAUUUUUCAUCAUGCCACCGAGCCAAUUCGGCUUGCAGUUACUUGGGUACAGAAUCUAGUGAAUUUUGAAAUUGGAAGUUUGGAACUUUAUGUGCUUGUGUGUUCUAAUAAACCUUACAAUUGGAAUGAUAUGUGUGUCUUCACCAGACCCAUCAUUAGCAUGGCACAUUGUUGAUGUUACUAGCACAUGGGCCAUAAAGCUGAUUACUUGAUGGAAAACGUUCAUCCAUAUGAUCCAUCCUGUUGUUGGUAUCUUUUCUGGGGUAAUUUGUUUAGUAAGAAGUGAUCUGUCUUGCAAAGUAUGGUAAACAUGUUUAACCAUGGCCUUGUUAAACUUAUCAGUUGAAAGAAUAAGUCAAAAUGCUAAGCAUUGAGUUCAUGAUCAGGACUUCUCCAAAAUAAAGCAUAACCAAUGUUUUUUCAUUUCAUCAGAAGAUUGUCUGCUCCCCAUUCACCUGCCAAUCAUGUUUCAGACACCCUUUUGUGUCCUCUAUCCAUUUUAGUGGAGUAUCUCUCAAACACACCACAGGCAAAUCAGUAUGAAUCUGUGGUGAAGAAAACAUAUUUAUCAUUCGUCUUUGCUAGUUCCUUGAGACAUAAACCUCUCAAAGCCUUGCAAAGUGCUGUUGAUGCUGGAGGAACAUCCAUGUAUUGCAAGAGCCAUGGAUCAAAUAACGGUGCAAACUCAUUUCAGAAGCAAAAUAUGAGUAUGGAGGCCCCUGCAGCAGGUUGUCCUGGUUCUCAUGAAUUUUGUGAUGAUGGAUACUAUAAGGAAAUUCAAAGAAGAAGAAAGAUUGGACUGGCUAACAAAGGGAAGGUACCAUGGAACAAAGGCAAGAAACACACUGCAGAGACUUGCUUACGAAUCAAGCAAAGAACUAUAGAAGCCUUGAAAGACCCCAAGGUUAGGAAGAGGAUGGCAGAACAUCCCCAUCUUCAUAGUGAUCAAAGCAAGGCAAAAAUUAGUUCCUCACUCAGGCGUCAUUGGGCUAAGCGUAAGAAAUUGAAACAGCUAGGAGAAAAUUUCUUUAUAUCAUGGUUGGAAUCUAUAGCAGAAGCUGCUAAGAAGGGAGGGAGUGACCAAGAAGAGAUAAACUGGGAUAGCUAUGAAAAAAUAAAACAAGAAAUAGCUCUUCAACAGCUCCAGCGGGCUGCACAAAAGGCUAAGGCCAAGGAGACGGCUAAAUUAAGAGCAGAGAAAGCAAAAAAGGCAAAAGCUGAAAAAUUGGCAAGGGUUGCUCGAAAGAGAAAAGAAAGAGAAGAGAAAGCAAAAGCAAAAAGAGAGCUGAAGAGAAAGACAUGUGGAAAAUCAAAGAAAGAUGAAGGAAAGAUGGAAGGUUCACAAGGAUUUAAACUUAAACAGAGAUUAACAAAGAUCCGCAGAAAGAAAUCUAUGAAUGGUCAAGUUACUAUGCAAGUGGAUAUAUCAAGUUCUCAUAUCCCAGCUCUGGAGAAAUUGGACAUAGAGUUUAUUAGGAAGGAGAAAAUGCAAAGAGAAGUUCCACUUGCAGAGCAGAUCAGAGCAGCCAGAAACAGGAGAACAGAAUCCACAGCUAUGGAGCUGCUGGUGGCCUCCUCUGCUAGUCGCUUGUCUAACAUUAGCAUUGAAGAGUAAGCCCUGAAUUGCAUGAGCCAACAAAAUGUGUAUAAAAUGCUGCCUACUUUCUCUUCAGCUUAUUUUUCACAAGUGUAUGAAAUACAGGAUCAAUUGCUUUGUCAUGCAGAAUGGCUUGUUUUAGUAUCAAGGAGAAUAAAUCUCUGAUUUGUUAUCAUGAUGAUUCACCAACUGCAGUAAAUGUAGAGAUCUCAU